ACCAAAGCCGAAGUCAAAAUGUCUCAACUCUGGGCUAAUAUAGUCGCUACCUAUGAUCCAUUUACGAUCGAGUUCGUAGGCAGCGGCCUCAUCCAGAUCCUCUUCUGGUGGAUUCCUUCAGCUCUUUUUCUUCUCCUUGAUCAUGUUGCCCCAAGCUUUGCGUCGAAACACAAGAUACAGCCUCCACCAAAACAGCCCAAAGGGUCCGAGAUUUUGGACUCUGUCGUGAUAUCCUUGAGGAAUCAGCUCAUAGUCAUUGGACUGCAACUAUCGCUAGCGUUUCUGGCGACGCAGCGAAAUAUGCCAUCAACAUUCCAGAUCACAGCAUCUCUGCCAUCAGCGAAGAGCUUCGUGAGAGACUUCGCCAUCUGCUUAGUUGCUCGAGAGAUUCUCUUCUACUAUUCCCAUCGACUGUUUCACAUACCAUAUCUCUACCGUCGCAUCCAUAAAAUCCAUCACAAGUUCACCGCACCAGUCGCCUUCGCCUCACAAUAUGCACAUCCCAUCGAGCAUAUUGUAGCCAACACAAUUCCCAUUGUCCUCCCGCCCAUAUUGCUCAGAACUCACAUCUUGACCAUGUGGGCGUUUGUGGCUUGGCAGCUCAUCGAGACGGCAACCGUUCAUAGUGGCUUCGACUUCUUUGGUGGCGCAGCCUAUCGUCAUGAUCGUCAUCAUGAGCGUUUCGAUGUUCACUUUGGAGGAAUGCCUUGGUUGGAUUGGCUUCAUAACACCGACGAAAGAAAGAGAUUAGAGAAGAAGAAUAAGUGAUGUUUUAUAACAGAACUAUUUCGCCGAGAUCUACAUGGAAGCGAAGGAUCAAGCUGUGUAUUUUACCCAUAUCAGAUAUUCCUUGAGAUAGCUUUGAAUGAGUAUCACCAAAUGCUUGGUGGGGGUUGAUACCAGUUUCCAAUUGCCAGCAGAACAGAUUAGCGAGACACCAAUACUCAUCU